GAAAACGUGCUUUUUCUGGUGACGAAUUUCAUCGCCACAACAGAGCAGUCCCAGGGCACCUGUCCCGAGAGCCCUUCUGUCCUCGAGGCGGCGUGCGCAGAAGAUGCAGACUGUCCCGUGGGAGACCCAGUGCUUCGUGGUAACGGGAUAAAAACUGGGAAAUGUGUGAUGUUCAACACCAGCCAUUCCACCUGUGAGAUCUAUGGCUGGUGCCCUGUGGAGAGCGACACCCUGCCCAGGUGCAAUACUUUGCAAACCAAUGACUCCACUUACUUCAAGAACUGCACGUACGAUCCGUUCUUCAACCCCUCCUGCCCCAUCUUCCGUGUCCGUGACAUGGUGGAGGCAGCUGGAGAGACCUUUGGAGACCUCGCGGUGCUGGGGGGGAGCAUCGGAGUUCGCAUCGAGUGGGACUGCGACCUGGAUCGCCCCGCUGCUCAGUGCCAGCCACAGUACUCCUUCAGCCUGCAGGACAGGAGGUACAAUUUUAGAACUGCCUCCUACUACUGGGACUCCCAGCGGCGGCUCUACCGGACCCUGCUGAAGCUCUACGGCAUCCGCCUCGACAUCUCGGUGCACGGGCAGGCCACUGUGGUCUGUGACCUGGUUCUGCUCUACCUGGAUGCGAAGGCUGAUGUCUAUUGGAAGGAGAAGUUCGAGGAG